AUGCACCCCACCUCUUUAAUAAUAUCCUCAAGUCUCCUAAUUAUCUUUACCUUUUUACUAAUACCUUUAAUUUCAACAAUAACAACAAAACCCUACCCAUCUAAUUGAUCUAUUACUUGAGUUAAAAAUUCAGUCAAAAUAGCAUUUAUAAUCAGCCUACUACCCUUAACAAUGUUUAUUAAUGAAGGAUUAGAAACUAUUAUCACCACCUGAACUUGAAUAAAUACAUCAACUUUUGACAUCAAUAUUAGCUUCAAAUUCGACUCAUAUUCCGUAAUUUUCACCCCUGUAGCCUUAUACGUUACAUGGUCCAUCCUUGAGUUUGCAUCCUGAUAUAUACACUCUGACCCUGUUAUAAACCGAUUUUUUAAAUACCUGUUAGUAUUCUUAAUCGCUAUAUUAGUCUUAGUAACCUCAAAUAACAUAUUUCAACUAUUUAUCGGUUGAGAGGGGGUUGGGAUCAUAUCCUUCCUUUUAAUUGGGUGAUGAUAUGGACGAGCUGACGCCAAUGUGGCUGCCAUCCAAGCGGUUGUAUAUAAUCGAAUUGGAGAUAUUGGGUUAAUUUUAUUCAUAGCCUGAAUUGCUAUAAACCUAAACUCUUGGGAAAUUAGCCAAAUAUUUUCACUAGCUGAAAACAAAGAUCUUACUUUACCACUAAUAGGACUAGUCCUAGCUGCAACAGGGAAAUCAGCUCAAUUUGGGUUACACCCAUGAUUACCCUCAGCCAUAGAGGGCCCUACUCCGGUGUCUGCCCUAUUACACUCCAGCACAAUAGUUGUUGCUGGGAUCUUUUUACUUAUUCGGAUAAGUCCUUUAAUAGAAAAUAAUCCCCUCAUCCUGACAACAUGCCUUUGUCUUGGGGCAUUAACCACUUUGUUCACAGCCAUUUGCGCUCUAACACAAAAUGAUAUCAAAAAAAUUGUAGCAUUUUCCACAUCUAGUCAACUAGGGUUAAUAAUAGUUACAAUUGGUCUCAAUCAACCCCAAUUAGCCUUCCUUCACAUCUGUACCCAUGCUUUCUUUAAAGCAAUAUUAUUCUUAUGCUCCGGAUCAUUAAUUCACAGCCUAAAUGAUGAACAAGACAUUCGAAAAAUAGGAGGAAUACAUUUCCUCACCCCCUUCACCUCAUCCUCACUAACUUUGGGUAGCUUAGCUUUAACAGGAACGCCCUUCCUAGCCGGGUUUUUCUCAAAAGAUGCCAUUAUUGAAUCAGUAAACACCUCGUAUUUAAACGCCUGAGCCCUCUUAUUAACCUUAGUUGCCACCUCAUUCACAGCGGUUUACAGCCUGCGAAUUGUCUAUUAUGUAACCAUAGGGUAUCCACGAUUCAACUCUUUAUCCCCUAUUAAUGAAAACAAUAAAUCAGUUAUCAACCCAAUUAAACGACUAGCUUGAGGAAGCAUUAUCUCAGGAUUGAUCAUUACAUCAAACAUAACUCCUGUAAAAAACCCAGUUAUAACUAUACCACAAUACGCUAAAAUAGCUGCCCUGAUUGUAACAGUACUUGGACUUAUCACAGCUUUAGAAAUAGCUCGUAAUACAUCUAAACAAUUAAGCAUCACCCCAAAACAAGCCCCCCACUCAUUUUCUAAUAUGUUAGGAUUUUACCCAUCCAUCAUACACCGACUACCUAUAAAACUCUCACUUCAAUUAGGACAAAACAUUGCCUCCCAAAAUAUCGACAUAACAUGAUUAGAAAAAAUUGGCCCUAAGGCCCUAUCAACCUUAAAUAUGCCUUUAAUUACAACUACAAGUAACACUCAAAAAGGUAUAAUUAAAACCUACUUAAUACUAUUUAUUUUAACUCUUACUCUAACCAUAGCAUUAUUGAUUUAA